AUGCGAGACCACCACUACUCCUGUGGUGACUCCCACUACUACUCCGUGCGAGACUACGACUACUCCCGUGGUGACUCCCACAACUACUCCAUGCGAGACCACCACUACUCCUGUGGUGACUCCCACUACUACUCCGUGCGAGACUACGACUACUCCCGUGGUGACUCCCACUACUACUCCAUGCGAGACCACCACCACUCCCGAGGUGACUCCCACGACUACUCCAUGCGAGACCACCACUACUCCUGUGGUAACUCCCACUACUACUCCAUGCGAGACUACAACUACCCCGUUUCCUUCACAACUACUCCGUGUGAAACAACUACAACCCCAGUUGUGACUCCUACUACCACGCCAUUCGAGACCGAGACUGCUACCACCCCACCCCCCACUACUAUCACAACUAUUUUCACUACGACCACUUGCCCUGUCACUUGGAGCACGAUUACUAGUGGCUCAACUAUCAUCACCACUCCCGUGACCCAAACCAGCACUCUUACCGUUACCUCCGUGGUGACUUGCCACGAGUGUGCUCUGUCCACAACCGUGCCUUUGCAGCCUCCUCCUGGUACGACUGUCAUUGUCAGCAGCACGAGCACUGUCGUUGCUGUUCCCAGUGGCUCUAGCCCGAUCAUCGUUCCUGGAACUACCACUGCGAUUUCCCCCGAAUCUAGCGCACCAGCGCCUGAAGGAACUUCGGCCGUCCCCGCACCGGCCUCAUCUGGCGCCGCCUCUUCCAGCGUCCCGCCUGCUCCUUCUGAAAGUCCUCAAUUCAAUGCCGCCUCCUCUCAAUACAAGACAUCUCUGGCCGGUCUCGUCCCCGGUCUCGCCAUUAUCUUUGCUCUGUUUUAG